AUGUCUCAUUUAGGAACCACUAAUUCCUCCUUGAAUGUUACCACCUUGAGAGAACUUGCUAGGAAAGAAUUAACUACUGUCUUGGACUCGGUUAGAGGAAAAAAAUGUUUAGUUUUGGAUCCAAAUAUUAGUGCUCCUUUAAAUCUAAUUGCUGAAUUUCCUUUAUUAAGAGAUCAUGGUGUUGAAAGAGUACAUUAUCUUCAAGCAGGACCUUUAGAUACUGAACUUAGAAGCAUAAUUUAUAUAUGUCGACCACAAUUACAUUAUAUGAAAUAUAUUGCUGAGCAUAUACAAUACCACCAGAAAGAACUAUUACAAAAUCCUGAUAACAAUAAUUCAAGUCAAAAAUAUGAAUAUAAUUUAUUUUUUGUACCAAGAAGAACUAUGAUUUGUACUAGAGUUUUGGAAGAAGCUGAUUUGAUACCCUUUGAAGAUGAUUUAUUAUCAUUGGAAUUAGACAAUACAUUCAAAGAGCUUUAUUUGGAUGGUGACUACACCUCCAUAUAUUAUGCAGCAAGAGCUUUGAUGAGAUUGCAAACUUUAUUUGGUUUGUUUCCAAGAGUUAUUGGUAAAGGUGAUUGUGCAAAGCAUUUAGCAGACAUGCUCUUACGUAUGCGCCGAGAAGUGGCUGUUGAUGAUCCAUCUUGCACAAUGCCAGUCUCCCAAAAUGUGGAUUCUCUUAUCAUCAUUGAUCGUUCUGUUGAUCUGAUAACACCACUUUGUACACAAUUAACUUAUGAAGGAUUGAUAGAUGAAGUUUUUGGUAUUCGAGCAUCGCAUGUGGAAGUUGAUUCUUCAUUAGUGGGAAUCACACCACAAAAUCCUACAGCAAGUCCUGCAGCCAACUCAUCUCUCUCAAACACAAGCACACCAUCGUCUCAAACACCUGCUCAACCUCAAGCAAAAAAGAAGAAAAUUCCACUUAAUUCAGGUGAUAAGCUUUUUUCCCGAUUGAGAGACAUGAAUUUUGCUGUUGUUGGCGGAGUUCUCAACCAAGUUGCCAAAAGAAUUAAUGAAGAUUAUGAGGUAAGACAUCAAGCAAAGACUGUGUCACAAGUUCGUGAGUUUGUUGGUAAAUUGGGUGGAUUACAAUCAGAACAUCAAUCAUUAAAAACUCACACUGGAAUUGCAGAAGAGAUAGUAGCCUACACCGUUACACCUGAAUUUAAUAAAGCUCUUGAAGUUCAACAGAAUCUUGUUGCCGGUAAUGACAUAAACUCGCAAAAUGAAUAUAUUGAAGAGAUGAUCAAUAGACAAGUUCCAUUAGUACAAGUUUUACGACUAUUAUGUUUACAAAGUUUGGUUAAUAAUGGAUUGAAACAAAAAAAUUUUGAGUUUUUUAAGAAAGAAAUUUUACAGACAUAUGGAUUUCAUCAUAUUCAAACUCUUUUAAAUCUUGAAAAAUUAAACAUGUUUAUUAAACAAGUUUCUACACGUAAUCCAUACAAUUAUAUUCGUAAGACACUUAAACUAAUUGUUGAUGAUGUAGAUGAACAUAAUCCUCAGGAUAUUGCCUAUGUCUAUUCAUGUUAUGCACCAUUGAGUGUACGUCUAAUACAAUGUGUGACAACAAAAGGUGGACCAUCAGUAAUUGGUAAUACUGGAGGUGGAGUAAUUAGUAAUUUUACAAGCGGAGGUUUUAUUGGUUUAAAAGGCAAUGGAUGGAAAGGUUAUGAAGAAGUUAUGAGAACGUUACCAGGAAAAAUUUUUGAUGAAAUUCAAAAGGAUGAUGGAUUGAUACAGGGUCAUCAACCACAUGUUACUUUAAUAUUUUUCUUGGGUGGUUGUACUUUUACUGAAAUUUCUGCAAUAAGAUUUUUGGCACAACAAGAUGAAGGUCAUCGUGAAUAUGUUAUUGCCACCACACAAUUUAUUAAUGGUAAUUCAUUAUUGAAUUCUGUCAUACAAAAAGUUGAUAAUGUAACAAAAUGA